AACCACAGACUGCUCCCGGUGUCCUGCAGCGCUGUCUGCGGCGACCGUGGCAGCAACGCCCAGCACCCCUUGUCUGCGGGACCUUGGUGCUGCCGUGCAUAAUUGACCACAAACAGCAUAGAUGAAAAACUGAGCUUCAUAUAACUUUUCUGAUGCCAGCAUGCACUCAAGCAGCUCUUCAGUAUCGUUCCCCACCACCGCUCAGUGCAGGAGGCUGCAGGGGAGCCUCACAUACCGAUCUAUAUUAAGCGAUUCUCCCUCCUAUCCUUCGCCGUUACCGACCGCGCCCUUUUGUGUUCUUGAAGACUCACCGAGGACUCCUUGUGGAAUGCAACGUCCGUGGUCGUGAAAUGAUGUGAAGGUCGUCGAGUCAUUGCAAUAGACUCCUUCAGGAUAUAAGAGCGAGCCAGAGUCCUCUUGGCCACACACCAGCAUCUCUCCCCUGAGGAACAACACAGGCAAUGAGGGCUCAGACUGUCCUGGCAGUGGUGGCGGCGGUGCUCCUGGGGCUGGCGUCAGCGGAGGCUGACCCCAAGGCUGACCCCGGCGGCAUCGGCUUUGGCCUUCAGGGGGGCGUAGGCUUGCGCUACAAUGUCGGGUUUGGCCUGGGACACGGCCUGGGAUACGGCUUGGGCGGCGGCCUGGGAGGCGGGCUGGGCUAUGGCCUGAACUAUGGCUACGGCCUUGGCCUGGGAGGCGGCCUCGGGUACGGCCGCAGGAAGCGUGAGGCGGAGCCGACGGCUGAGGCUGACCCCACCUACGUCUCGGCCCACACCAACAAUCACCAACAGAGCUUCAACGCCUUCAUUCCUCCCUUCAUUGGCGGCGGCCUGGGCAUCGGGGGCUACGGCGGCUAUGGCGGCCUGGGCUACGGCGGCUAUGGCGGCUACGGGCUGGGAGGCGGCCUCGGGUACGGCCGCAAGAAGCGUGAGGCGGAGCCGACGGCUGAGGCUGACCCCACCUACGUCUCGGCCCACACCAACAAUCACCAACAGAGCUUCAACGCCUUCAUUCCUCCCUUCAUUGGCGGCGGCCUGGGCAUCGGGGGCUACGGCGGCUACGGUGGUUUUGGCGGCUACGGGCUGGGAGGCGGCCUCGGGUACGGCCGCAAGAAGCGUGAGGCGGAGCCGACGGCUGAGGCUGACCCCGUCCUUGUUUCGGCCCACAAGAACCACCACCAGCAAAGCUUCAACGCCUUCAUUCCUCCCUUUAUUGGCGGCGGCCUGGGCAUCGGGGGCUACGGCGGCUACGGUGGCUAUGGCGGCUACGGCGGCUAUGGCGGCUACGGGCUGGGAGGCGGCCUCGGGUACGGUCGCAAGAAGCGUGAGGCGGAGCCGACGGCUGAGGCUGACCCCACCUACGUCUCGGCCCACACCAACAAUCACCAACAGAGCUUCAACGCCUUCAUUCCUCCCUUCAUUGGCGGCCUGGGCUACGGCGGCUAUGGCGGCCUGGGCUACGGCGGCUACGGCGGCCUGGGCUACGGCCGCUAAGGGCUUGGCGGAGGCUACCUCGGUUAGUGCUGCACAUCAGCCACCCGAGGCGACGCUGACCACCGGCGGCUGGGCCAGAGGAAACCCCCGAAGCAACACAUUUCAUGCUGCUUUGUUCUCUGAAGAAACGACUUACAACAUUUUCUGAUUAAACACACGCUAUAGUUA